AUGAAGUCGUUCAUUAUGUGUCUACUUCUCGCUCUCGUCUGCCUGUUGGCUGUGAAUUCAGCUACUGCCAGCAUAAUGCGCAGACAAACACUGCUGCCGAGUGACAUCGAUGAAAACGAUGAAGGCAUAAUGAUUGAUGACGAAGAAGAUAUCGACGUCGACAUCGAAAUGAUGAUGAAGAGAAUGCCGGAGAAAAGCAUAAUGAAUAGUGACGAUGGACAUGUAACCGACUCCAUGGUCAUUAUGAAAAGAACACCAGGGAAGAAGAGCAUGAUGAAUGAUGACGAUCAAGAUGAUAACUACAACAGGGACGUGAUGAAGAGACAAAUGAGGAUAAAUGAAGCGAGAAUUUUGAGCGACAAAGCCUUUUUCGAAAUGAUGGUAAGAAUACCGGAGAACGGCAUAAUGAAUGUUGACGAGGCCUUAAUAAGCAUGCUGGGGAGAAUAGAGGAGAAUAGCAGGAACAAGAUGGAGAGACAAGCGAAGAGACGUCUCGGUGAACAUGAAGUACGAGAUGAAGUUGACGGAUUGAGUAAGAAGAUAUACUGGGGGGGUUCCUAA